AAGACAAGAAGAGCCAUUCUUAUUAGCUUUGCGCAUUUUGAUAAAUCCCUGGUUCGAAAAAAUGGAGACUUGCUUUGGUAAAAGAUCAGUCAUUUUACUUUGGUUUAUGGUUCUCGCUACUUUCUGCCCAUCCGCUUGGGGCGAAGUAUGCAACAAAGAACAAAAGAGAGCUCUUUGGGAGAUAAAAAAACUCCACCGAUGGUCUAGCCUUCGAGGAUUUUGACGGUGGGGAUUGUUGUGAGGCAAGUGCUAAUAUCUUGUGCGAGGGGGUACUUAACGGCGUUAAUGCUAUCGAUUUACGCGGUAUCGAUACACCAACAUGGUUCCCAAAUGUAAGUUUGUUCACCUUAUUUGGUGAAUUGGAAGAGCUUUAUCUUAGCGGCAUCAACAUUGGAGGAAAGCUUGAACCAUUUUGUGAGUUGAAGAGACUCAAAUCUCUAAGGAUCUUGGAUCUUGGGAAUAAUACAUUGGAAGGCAAUAUUCCCUCUUGUCUUGGGACGAUUGAAAACCUUGCACAACUUGAUCUGUCGAGAAACCGCCUUCAUGGCAAUCUACCUUCAUCAAUAUUCUCAAAUCAAAGCUCGAUUAUGGUGUUCGAUGUUUCGGAUAAUCAAUUGGACGGCAAUAUUCCCUCUUAUCCAGGGAUAAUUCAACAGUUUGAUAUUUCGAAUAAUCGCUUUCAGGGUAAUGUGCCUUCAUCAAUAUUCUCUAAUCAAAGCCAGAUUUCCUUGUUCGAUGCUUCUAGUAAUCAAUUAGAAGGGCUGGUGUCAUUUUCCAUAUUUGCCAAUUCUUCAAGUCUCGAUUACCUUGAUCUUUCAAGCAAUCAUGAGUUGGAAGUUGAAACUGAGUCUCCCUCGUGGAUCCCGACCUUUCAGCUAACUACACUGAAUUUGGCGAGGUGUAACCUCAACAAGAAGAAUGGUCAUGUUGUCCCGAGCUUCAUCUCCACCCAGAUUAACUUGCAGUACCUGGACUUGUCGUACAACUCCUUAGAAGGAGGCAUACCUUGUCAACUGUUCUUUAACACCAACACCACUGAGUUAUACUUGAGAAGCAACAAAAUUGAAGGUUCUUUUCUUGAUUGCUUCAUUCAUGGAACUUUAAACCUCGAAAAGUUUGACAUAUCUGAUAAUCACGUUAAAGGUCCCCUUCCUGAAAAUUUUGGAAGUCUUUUUUCAUCCUUAUCACAUGUUGACAUGUCAUCAAAUGAACUAGAAGGUAAAAUUCCUUCAUCCUUUGGUAGUAUGUCUCUCGAAAUAUUAGACCUUUCUAACAACAAGCUCUCGGGAACAAUACCACGAAGUUUGACUGGAAAUGACAGUACUCCACUCGUAUAUUUAAAUCUGUCAAACAACACGCUGCAAGGAGAAAUGCUCCCAAGGGACUCCAACAUGACAAAGCUUGAGUGCUUAUAUCUUAGCGGCAAUCAGUUUGAAGGAAUUAUCUCGCCUGCAAUAUCUAACAGUCCCUUGGUAAUCCUAGAUGUUCGUGGCAAUUACUUGUCUGGUAACAUUCCAAAGUGGCUGUAUGAUCAUCCUCACUUGGUAGCCGUUCUUUUAAGUGGAAAUCACCUUGAAGGUCACCUAACACAAAGAUUGUGUCGAAUGCAAAGACUGCAAGUUUUUGAUGUCUCUCGUAAUCGUCUUUCAGGAGGCAUUCCCUCCUGCCUUGAUAACGUUACAUUCUGGAAGAAGAGUUCUCCAAGCUCUACUAACUCCAACUAUUUCACGCAAAAGGGUCGACUGUAUUACCUAUUAACUCAGAGUAAUAGUUCAGACUAUGGGUUGAGCUUCGUAUCAAUGUUUCGGAUAAAAGAUAAGGUAUAUACUUUCAAAGGUGUCCCCCUCUUGCUGAUGACUGGAAUUGACUUGUCAUCAAACCAUUUUACAGGUGGCAUUCCCACUGAAAUGGGAGAAUUAUCACAGCUUCGGUCCUUAAACUUGUCGCAUAACUCUCUAACAGGUUCCAUUCCAAUAUCUUUCCAAAACUUGACAAAUGUGGAGAAUUUGGAUCUUUCUCACAACAAGUUGAGGGGUAAAAUUCCUUCUGAAUUGGUUGUUCUCACUUCUCUAUCUGCAUUCAGCGUUGCCUACAACAAUCUUUCAGGACGAAUCCCAUUUGAGCGGCAAUUUUCAACUUUCGAAAUGCGAUGCUAUGACGGUAAUCCAGAACUCUGUGGAGACCCCCUGCCAGGAAAAUGCUCAAGCACAAACCAACCGAAAGACGAAAAAGAAAGGAACAGGAUAAUUGAUCACCCUUUAUUCUUCUACGCAUUUGUAACAGUAUCCUAUGCAUUCGGGUUUUGGGCUUUCUUUGGGAUCCUUAUCAUUAACAAGAACUGGAGGCAGAAGUAUUUUAGAGCUGUGGACAGAUAUAUUGAGUCGUUUUUGGAAUAUCUUUCCAAGUAACGAUGAUCCAGGGUCAGCUUUGCAGUGGAAGCAAUUACUUAAUGAAAGAUCUGUAUCUCAAAGUAAUGCUUAUCUUCAAUAAAGAAGCUGCACGUAAUGGUUUUAAUUUA